GCUAACUUUCCAUUGGCCGUCAGAAGGAACACUGACAUCCGGUUGCGCGUCGGGCGCGGAAGGCACCAUGGUGCGGUUCAAGCACAGGUACCUGCUCUGCGAAGUGGUGUCUGACGACCCCCGCUGCCGCCUGAGUCUGGAUGACCGAGUGCUGGGCGGCCUCGUACGGGACACUAUCGCCCGCGUGCACGGUACUUUCGGCUCGGCCGCCUGCUCUAUCGGCUUCGCAGUGCGGUAUCUUAAUGCCUAUACUGGAAUAGUGCUACUUCGAUGCCGGAAGGAAUUCUACCAGCUUGUGUGGUCAGCUCUUCCCUUCAUCACGUAUUUGGAGAACAAAGGACACCGUUACCCAUGUUUUCUCAACACCUUACAUGUGGGAGGUACGAUUAGAACAUGUCAGAAGUUCCUGAUUCAGUACAACAGGAGACAGCUGUUGAUCUUGUUGCAGAACUGCACUGAUGAAGGAGAGCGGGAAGCUAUCCAGAAGUCUGUCACAAGAAGCUGUUUCCUAGAGGAGGAGUCGGGUGAGGAAGAGCUUUCAGAUGGUGGUGGUGAGGAGGCUGCCGAAGCAAUGGAGUGAACCUCUGCAGGCUGCACUGUGCUCGAGCCUCAGGGCCCACUUGUUAAGACAUUCUGGGAGGCAGAAGCAUCUUCUACAGUUCUCCAACCUGGACGACUGCCAACCAAAUGCAAGUUACUGGCUCAAAAUGGAGGACUUUUCACUUAAACUGAAGUCACCUUUACCUAGCAUUGCCUGGUCAAGUGGCUCUGAAGGUUGUGAACCCUCUGUAGUUAUAGAUACCUUUGUUCCCCAUACCUGGCUGAGAGGUUUAACAUUGUAUUUGGCUCCUAUAGCAUUUAGCAUACUGAGGCAGUUCAUGCUUGGCCAAGUUUCUUCCCACUCUACACCUGGCCUCAGUGGAAGGAGUGGCUCCUUAUGUGGUAUGAGACACACAGCCUCCCACUUGAGACUUUGUACCCCCUAGGAUGGGCCCAAGCAAUCCAGGGCAUUUAGAGUAGAAGUACUGAGACACAGCAACUGAACUGGCACAGAUCUAUUGCUGAUCUCAAUACUGACCCACAGAAACUUGAAAAUAUGAGAUUCUUUAUCAGCAUUUAAUUAGGUAACUUGACAAAUAAUGCAGUUCUCGCACUUUUCUUGAGGGGAAAAAACCUGGCCUCAUCUGACCUCAUUAUUCUAAAGCCAAGUAGCAGCUGGCAGUUUUUGGCAGUUCCACCCUUCCCUUUAUCCUUCCUGGCAGGUGAGGCAGCCACACACACAUGAAUUAGGGACAAGAGAUUGUAGUCAUUUUUGAUCUACCCACUAAUGACAUAUUUAGGAUGUUUUCUCUGUAAUAAAAUAGAUGCCAAAGUCUGAUACAUUUAA